UUUUGGACUGUGGGGGGAAACCGGAGUACCCGGAGGAAACCCCACGACGACACGGGGAGAACAUGCAAACUCCGCACACAUGUGACCCAGGCGGAGACUCGAACCCGGGUCCCAGAGGUGUGAGGCGACAGUGCUAACCACUGCACCACCAUGCCACCCCACAUCAAAAACCAAAUGAAUUAAAAAACGCGGAAAAUAAUGUUGAAAUGAAAAUAUAUUUUUUGACAGCGAUCGACGACCUGUAAUAUUUUUGACGAUGUCGCUGCUAUAUCGCUAUUUGUAAAAAAAGGAAAAAAAUAGUUACUGGAAAAGCUACAGCGUUUUAAAAGUAUUUGCUCUACCGAUAAGCUACUGAAAGAAGUAAAGUUAGUAGCGUCGAUUAUUUUAGUUAGCUACUCCACAACACUGGACAUAAAAAUAACUGAACAAUGUUAACAUUUUCGUAAUUUAAGCCCUCUCAACAGAAGCACUUUAAUGAGAAUAUUUGAAAAAUUAACUGAUAACAUAUCAGUUAUCUAUAUUUUUUUAAUUUACUUUGAAAACAGACUCAAAUUAAGCCUAUACGAAAAAUUCAGAAGCCUAUACAGUCUCAAAUGAAGCCUGUUGCGUUUUUAUACAAUCGGUCUGGGAUUCCGCUUAACGUCACGCCCGAAGCUCACACUUUGAUUGCAAACGGGAAGAAACAUAACUAUUGUCACGUACAUCGGCGGAUGUCAUCAAUUAAGCCUGCAUACUGGAGACUACAAAGGGACAGCACACGCAACGGGGGUUGCGAAGUAUUGCCAAUGUUUCAUUUCUAUAUCGAGCGCUUGCUUGUCCAGUGUCAUUCCCUCGUUCCUUACCUUGCCUGCCUUCCUUUCCCAGAGCAGCCCUCGUCCCUGAACCUCCCGUCCUGCCUUCCCUGCCAGCCCCAGGAUCUCUCGUCUCCCCUUCCCUUCGUCUCCGUGUCCUGUGCCUGCCUGUUGGACUGGAUCUCCCCGGCUACCGAAUCUACCUUCUGUCCCCGACCAUUCUUCUUGCCUGGCCCAUUGAAAGCCUGUUACCUGCUCGAUCUAAUAAAGAUCGCGCUGUUCCGCAUUCCUGGGUCCGCGUUUCCCUGCCGAGGGUGUCCUAACAAUUAUGUCUCCAGUAAUAAUUUUCUGCUAAUAGCAUUAAUUCUCUUAUUUCGGUAUCGGUGUACUGCAUGUACAUGUUAUCACCAUCAAAGAAAAAAACGCGUUAUGACUUAUCAGUCAUUAUUAUUGUUUUUGUCGUUUAUUUAAUCGUGUAGCAAUACUGCCACUUGUCAUAUUAUUAAUUGCGUAUUUAUAUAAUAUUAACCAAUGACCAAUCUCUGUAUCUUACUAGCAUCUUUUGCGCAUUUGUCUUUGUAUCAGCCGUAGCGGUCUGCAGGGGGAAUCGCAGAAGCUGGAGUUUCUUAGAGCGCUGCAUGGGUUUGGACAAACAUUAGGUAUUGGUAAUAUUACUGGACAAAAAUAUAUCGUUAUUGGUGUCCACCAAAGUUUCCAGCACUAGCUACAAGAAAUGAGAUUGAAUGCAUUUGCUCGUUUUUAUUUGUAUUUAUUUUUUAAAAAGUUUCUUACAUUAUAUCCGUGCUUUUUAAAGGUUAUAUCUCAAUUUUUCAAAAGUAAACACAAAAAGGAUGACACUUAAUGCCCCCUCCCUGCCCCCACCCUAUUUAGAACGUUAGCGUUCCAUUACGUAAAAAAUGCAGUACUACGUCAUGAUGCACCGCUUAUAAAUAAUCUGUUUGAUAAGGGAGAAGCAAACACAAACGAUUCGUGAGUGCAUCGUACGUGUUGUAAGAGCAAGUGAAGCUGAAAGACAUUGACAGUGAAGUGAUGGCACCCUCUAUUAAUCUCUUCACCUUCCUCGUCCUGUCCCUGGUGGGGGGCAGCUCUUCAUGGGACGAAGCUUCGCCUUGCGGAUCCGGCUCCAUCCUGACAAGGCCCUACACGGCCUUGUGUGAGCUGGAUGCGGUGUGGGGCUUGGUGGUGGUGGUGGCGGCAGCGGCGGCGGCCCUCGCCUCGCUGAUCCUGCUCCUGGUGGUACUGUGUCGCCUGCGGAAGAUCACAGAGGCUGAGGAGCGCAGCGGGGUGGCGCCGCUACUCCUGCUGCUCGCUGCCAUAUUUGGGCUUUGUGGCCUCAGCCUGGGAUACAUCGCUGAGCAGCAAGAGAGCCUCUGCUUCGCCCGGCGUGUCCUGAGGGGGGUGUUGCUUGCUAUCUGCAACACAUGCCUCGUGUUUCAUGGUCUGCGACUGCGCCGGUUGGGACAAGGUGCUCAUAGCCCCAGCACAGGUCAACUGAUGGGGCUGGCGGUGGCCUUGGCCGUGUUGGAUCCGGAGUGGAUCCUUCUAGCCACGAUGUCCACAUGCCAGCCAGCCUGUGAAUACCAGCCGCUGGACUUUGCGCUGGCCACCACUUAUGUGCUGGUCCUGCUCCUGGCAGCACUGGUGGGGGCGGCCUGCAGUCUGUGGAGGCAGCAGCCACGGUGGAGGUGCAGGACCGCGUGGCUGCUCAUCACCUGCCUGGCCUCAGUCCUGCUGUGGGUGGCCUGGAUCACCUUCUGCCUGUAUGGCAACGCGGCGCUUGGCCUGCCCCCAACAUGGGACAACCGGGUACAGGCAGUGGUGCUGCUGGCACAGGCAUGGCUGCUCAUACUGCUGCACGCUGCUCCUGAGGUCCACGCCACCUUACGGCCCCCGUCCCGCAUGAGAGAGGCCAAUUUAGAGGAGGGCCUUUCUCACCUGUAGUUUGGAGCAAACCGGGACUUCGUGUUCAGUGACAACAACUCAGGUGUCCUCCCCAGCCCCCAGGAAACAUUACAUUUUAAAUAAAUAAUAUAUAUAUAU